GGCCUCUCAUUCUCACCCCCGCCCCCUUUAAACCCGAGCGCCAAUAGAAAUCGAAUCACAGAGAGAGAGAGAGAGGGAUAGAGAGGGAGAGUGUUUUGCGCAGUUGUUUUCGUUGUUCUCCUGCCGAUUCAGUUCCGAGAUUUUGUAAGAGUUGCGGGCUAGGUUUAUACAGAGGGAGGAAGGAUGUCUCCGGCUGAAUCAUCCCGUGCGGACAAUGUGUACAUGGCGAAGCUGGCCGAGCAGGCAGAACGCUACGAGGAGAUGGUGGAGUUCAUGGAGAAGGUUGCAAAGACAGUGGACGUCGAGGAGCUCACUGUAGAGGAGCGCAACCUCUUAUCUGUGGCUUACAAGAAUGUCAUCGGGGCUCGCAGGGCCUCAUGGCGCAUCAUCUCCUCGAUCGAGCAGAAGGAAGAGAGCCGUGGGAAUGAGGAUCAUGUUUCCGUGAUCAAGGAAUAUCGUGGCAAGAUCGAGGCUGAACUCAGCAAAAUCUGUGAUGGCAUCCUUAAGCUGCUUGAGUCCCACCUGAUACCCUCUUCCACUGCUGCCGAGUCCAAGGUGUUUUACUUGAAGAUGAAGGGCGAUUACCACAGGUACCUUGCAGAGUUUAAGACUGGAAAUGAAAGGAAGGAGGCUGCAGAGAGUACGCUGGUAGCCUAUAAUUCUGCUCAGGAUAUUGCCCUGGCUGAGUUGGCUCCAACUCAUCCUAUUAGGUUGGGGCUGGCUCUUAAUUUCUCAGUGUUCUAUUAUGAAAUUGUGAACUCACCUGAUCGUGCUUGCAGCCUUGCAAAACAGGCAUUUGACGAGGCUAUUUCAGAGUUGGACACUCUUAGCGAGGAAUCGUACAAGGAUAGCACAUUGAUCAUGCAGCUUCUUCGCGACAACCUGACCUUAUGGACUUCCGACAUCAAUGAUGAUGUCGGGGACGAGAUCAAAGAAGCCCCAAAACAAGAAUCUGGGGAAGGACAGUGACCAAAAGCAAAGCAUGCCUUCUGAUGGAUACCGCCUUGUGUGUUCUUGAGUUUGUAGUUUCUUUGAUGUAACUGUGGUGUGUUAGAAACAUUCAAGCUUCUUAUUCCAUUGAAGGUUGUCCUGUGGUGUUGAACAAACAAGUGUGCUUUAAAAGGUUCAUAUCGUUCUUUCUACUUGUCA